CUUCCUGGCGGAAAACAGGAAAAAAAAGUGUGAUAAUAAUACGCUUCGAAAUUUAUCGCGGAAAAGAUGUCUAUGGUUUUCGCGCCCCAAAACCAGAGGGGUAAAAACCCUCCUCCAAGUCACGCAACAAUACAGAAGUUGUUGGAUGAAAACAGCCAGCUGAUACAGGCAAUCACUGAUUAUCAGAACAAAGGCAAGGCAGCAGAGUGUGUCCAAUACCAGCAGGUUCUUCACAGAAACUUGGUUUAUCUUGCAGCUAUUGCAGAUUCCAAUCAAAAUGUUCAGGCCCUGUUACCGGCCCCAGGUCAGGUACCACCGUCAGGUCAGCCCCCGUCACAAGGUGGCCCAGGAUUGCCUCCUGGAUCAGGACCUGGUAUGAAUGCCAUGAGAGGGCCAGUCUCAGCGUCAGGUCAGAUGCCACCAGGUCAGAUGGGGUCACAGGGACCAAGCAUGGGCAGUCAGCAGUACCCUAUGCAACAACAACAACAGCAGCAGCAGCAAGGCCCUCCUGGGUAUCAGUCAAACCAGCAGAACCCAAUGAUGUCACAACAACCACAGCAGAUGAUGUCCCAGAGUGGUCCCACCCCUAUGAUGUCUAAUCAGGCGGGUAAUCCCAGCAACCCCAUGGUGGGCAGCAGACAGAUGAUGCCCCCCAACUCCUACAGACGGCCUCCAAAUCAGGGAGGCCAGCAGUACAGCUCAGGACAGGGCCAGAACUUCCCUCAGCAGCAGUACAGUAAUCAGGCCUUCAGCCAGGGACAGUCACACCAGGGGUUUCCUCCCCAACAGCCAAACUACAGUCAGGCGUCCAGCGGUAUGCAGCCAAACCAGUAUAAUAACUACCAGAAUCAGAGCUCACAACAACGCUUCAACCCCUACAACAGGCCUCAGGGCAGCAUGGCUAAUUCCAUGGGGAACCAAAUGGGUGGCCAGAUGAGUGGACCAAACAUACCAGGAGGUCAAAUGUCAGGAGGUCAGAUGCCAGGAAGUCAAAUGCCAGGAGGUCAGAUGCCAGGAGGUCAGAUGCCAGGAGGCCAAAUGUCGAGUAACCAAAUGUCAAGUCAAAUGUCUGGUAACCAGAUGCAAGGAGGUCAAAUGUCAAGUAAUCAGAUGUCCGGGAGCCAAAUGUCAGGUAACCAAAUGCCAGGUCAAAUGUCAAGUAAUCAGAUGCCUGGAGGUCAAAUGUCAGGAAGUCCUAUGCCAGGAAAUCAGAUGGGUGGAGGACAGAUGCCCAGUCAGAUGCAAGGUCAAAUGUCAGGAGGACAAAUGUCAGGGGGUCAGAUGUCAGGGUCUAAUCAAAUGAGUGGACCCCCAGGAAGUUCCUCUAUGCCCCCUGGUGGCAUCAUGGGAAAUCAGAUGCCUCAAGGACCAAUUGGCAAUCAAAUGUCUGGUGGACAGAACCAAGGCAACUAUGGCUUCAACCAAAAUCAAUUCUAGACAAUCUUUCUUGCAAAUGUUGGGUAUAGGGACCAAGUAUUUUGAUUGGAAACAUGUUAUGUGUGUGAUGUUCAGUGGCCAUACUGGACUGACAGAACUGGAUGAUGAUUGCUCUGUUUCUCUCUGUGGCAGUGGCAAGUGCUCUUUGUAUAUUUGCUGUUUUAUAAGUGCGCAGCUGUAUGUCCGCUGUAGUAAAAAUAGAAUGGAGAAAAAAAAAACUGGUACGGUAUGUCAACAUUUGGGUGGGAGAGCAUAGUAAUCGGCUGAAGUUUUCUAACUUUCAGAGGCGAGUGACUGAUAUAUACCAAUUAAAUGUAUGUAGUUACAUGUUUACUUGGAUGUUUAAAUUGUACAAAACAGUUUUUCAGUCAUAAGACGAGGAGGAGUCAUUCGGUGUAUAUGAUAAUACUCUUUUUUUUCUUGAGGAAGGGAGAGCCCAUGCCACCAAAGUGCUGCCACCACUAAAGUGUUAUAUAAACACUAGACAUGACAACCCACCUGGUCACGUUAUAUUGACACCGGGCAAACCAGUCCUGUUUCCUUGCUGUACAGGGUUUCUGCUAGAUCAGUUUUGCAUCUGGUAAACAGACCCACGACUCGUAAGAUUUGGCACGAAUUUUUGUUUCGCCAACUUGCUCAUUGGAAGGCUCUGAUACAACACAGGAAUUUUAGUACAGACAUUGUAAAUUACACAAUAUCAAAAGACUCAAAACUGAAGGCUGAAAACCACCCUCUCGCUAACUCCCCACCCCCCUACCACCAACCCUCAUACUAAAACGAACUCACAAAUUUAUUUUUUGGCAGAAACCCUGCUCUAACUUGUCAGAGGUGAUCCCAAAGCGAGGCAGCAACGGGUACCAUUUUUUAAGUCUUUGGUAUGAAACAACCCAGAUCAGUUAAAUGACAAAGCACUUUUACAUGUUUUUAGAGUUAUUGAGUCUGGGGAUAUUGCUUUGGUUGGGUGGUAUAUGUCCAUUGCCUUAACAAAGAAAGAACCAGAUGAUGAUGUUUCUUGAGACUCCCAGGAUACUGAUUAUGGUUGGUUUGGUGCUAGACAUUAAACGAUUUCACAAAUUAAAUAAGAUAUUUAGGUUUCUUGACAUGGGUGGUUUGGUACUGCAUGUUGAUUACUCGACAUAUCUGCCAGUUUAUAAAUGGCAGUUUAUAAAUGACAAGAUAUUUAAGUUUCUUCAGAGUAUGUGGAUAUUAAUGAAGACUGUUCCAUAUGUUGAUGACUUGACAAGAGACCACAUGCUCAAAUCUGUCUGUUCAGCUAGAGCUGCGAAUAUUGAGAUCUGUCAGGUAUGUAUACUCAGCCUGACUUCCACCAGCCAUAAUGCUGACUGCCAUCAUACAAGUUGAAAUAUUUAUGAGAAUGGUGUUAAACCACAGUCAGGCAUAUCAUCCCACCUGGCACCAUCCUUUCGCUGUUAUCCACCAGACCUCCGCAUGAUCCUACUACUGUACCCCGCUCUGUGGAUAUUUUGUAUGCCAAUCUGAUGAUUUCUUGUUCUAUUUGUAGUUUGUCUGUGUGAAGUUAGCUUUGGCAGUUUGCUGUCGUAAUAACUUCACAGACUUCCUCAUUGGUUAAUUCCGUCUACUCAAGUGUUGAACAUUUAGCCAAUAAAAUCACAUGUAUGAAUAUAAAUGGUAUAAAUGAAAAUUUCCUGAGUAUGGGAGAAAUUACUGUUGAAGUUAAUGAAUAAAUCCCCAGCUCACCCACCUAGCCUGGUAAAUCCCGCCUUCGCAACAGUAGGACCCUUGUCUGAAUUGAACCUUACAGAUAGUUUCAUAGUUAAUCUUAGCUAUGUUAGCCAGUGAUAUCUCCCUACACUUGUCGUCAAUUACAUAUUAAUUGUUGGUAUAAAAAAAAUAAUACAAAUUGCGUGAUCAUGUGAAACAUCAAGUCUGCCGUGCACACUUGAGACAGAUUAUCUGAUUGGCCACAGCAGCUCCUUGGCGCUUGAUUGGUUGAAACAUAACAUGUAUUUGAACCACCAAAGACACCAGAGCUACCACUGCAUCCUCUGGUAUAGCCAGAAUGGGUACGUCACUGAUUAGCAAUCUUUAGUGAGACACUGACACAUUGUACAUAAUCAUUUCUCUGCUAUAUCCAGAAUGGGUACGUCGCUGACCAGCAGUCUUUUGAGGCCAACACUGACACAUUGUAUAUAACCAUUCCAUAAAUUAUUUGUCGGAAUGUUCCUGGUCUAUCAUUGGGAAUGUUACUUUUUCGCCGUUCUGGUGUUUUGUAUAUUUGAAUACAACUUUUUUUUUUUUUGAUAUUUUGAUAAGAUGUAUGAAAUGCCAGAUCAGUAGAUGCAUUUUUUCCUUGGUUGACGCUGUCGUUUAGCCUUGGUGCACGAGAAAACCUUUUACUGUGGUCUCCUGCUCAUAAAACGAACAUGAGCUUGGUUUCCGGUUUUUAUCAUAUCAGCAUUGAAUGUCCACUAUUUUGCAUGAGCCUACGAUGUCAUAAAACAUUGUUUUACAUUUUGUAAGUCAUCAUUUCAGUAAAAUGUUCAGUUUGUAUAUAUAUUUCUCAUAAAUGCAACAUUUUGUAAGUGUUUCAUGCACUUUCACUGCAUUGAUGUUUUCAUGGAUUGAUGCGCGUGUGCGAAUAUGUACUGGAUGUUUAAAAGAAAUUAGAAUAUUUGAUUGUUGGAAGACGCCUUACGUUGAUAUUUUUUGUGACUUGCUUUGACCACAGUGCAAUUUGAUUAUCAUUUCACCAGAUAGAAUGAAUCUGACUUGUAAAUUUUCAGCAAGGUGGUCUGCAUCGCUUGGUGUAUGUGUGACAGAAGAGUUACGGUUAGAAAGUGGCAUUUUCUGCUUCUACAUACACACACCUCUAAAGGGAUGACAAGCCAGUGAAUUGCUCAUGAUAGAUACACGUAACUCCAGGGUUUCAUACCACUCCCCUUGAAAUAUACCAGGUACCGUGUUUGACGUCGCGUUUGGAUGAUUUUUUUUUUUAAGCUAGGAUGUUGUCCUGCUGGAAACAUGUAAGUUUAAGUACAAAAAGCAAUAUUUUAUGACCUUUAUUUGGCUUUUCAAUCCCUCUUCAAUUUGUACUAUCAGCCUGUAUGUAGUUAAGACAAAUUUGUUUUUUGUUUUGUUUUGGGGUUUUUUUUAGCUGGGGGAGGAGGGGGGAGUUAAAGAGCUACAUAAAUGACAAACUGUUCUUGUAAGUCUUUCCAAUUGCUGAUAAGAUUUCUAAAAGUUGCGAGCACAGCGCUUGUGUUACAUUUACGUUAAGGUGGCUAUUUUUGAACAUCGUCCUGGUUAGUAUUUUUGUAAUGACGCUGCACUUGUCAGUAUUACUGGUUCUCUGUUAGUUUGACCGUGGUUCUGCUGCGAUCAACCUUCUUAAGGGCCUGACCACAAAUGUCUGAAAAUAAA